AUGUGCCACCACAAUAACAAGGUUAAGUGGCUUGAAGCUACUCUUCUUCCAGGUAGAGUCGAAUUGGCACUUCAUGUAGGACAAUUUGCAAAAAGGAAGAAGACUUCGCUUUGGUUCACAGUCUCUCUGCUGGUAGUGUCUCUUCUCAUACUGACCAUAGGUCUGGCAGCUACCACAAGAACAGAAAAUGUUACUGUGGGAGGCUACUACCCAGGCAUUGUUCUUGGCUUUGGAUCUUUCCUAGGGAUUGUUGGCAUCCACCUGGUAGAGAACAGAAGACAAAUGUUAGUAGCCUCCAUCGUGUUUAUCAGCUUUGGCGUGGUAGCAGCGUUCUGUUGUGCAAUAGUUGAUGGAGUGUUUGCAGCACGACACAUAGAACCCAGACCUUUGUAUAACAAAAGGUGCCAGUUUUAUUCAAGUGGCAUAGGAUUCCUCUAUGAUGCCUACCAGACAGAGGUGACAUGUUAUACCUUAAACAACAAGUGCCAGCUGAAAGUAAAGAGUAACACGUGCUAUUGCUGUGACCUGUACAACUGUGAGAAUUCAGAGCAGUCCUCCAGCUACUAUGAAUUUCUCGGCGUGAGCGGCUGUCAGGACGUGAUUCACCUGUAUAGGCUGCUGUGGUCCUCCACAGUCCUCAACAUCAUCGGGUUGUUCCUGGGGAUUAUUACGGCAGCCAUUCUCGGGGCGUUUAAAGAUAUGGUACCUCUGUCCCAAAUUGCCUUCAGUGCUGCACCUCCACCCCAGAUCCUGUACAAUCCUGCCCAGCAGAUCUUGACAUACGCUGGCUUCUGUCCUUCUGCAGCAACUAUUUCUACAUAUCCAUCCUACCCGUUACCUCUUCAGCCUGCCAGCAGUUUUCCAGGAACAUCAUCUACUGACAUUUCUUUAUCAGAAGAAACUCAGCCUCCAUCUCAGUCCAGCUCCAACUAUGGUCUUCCCCCCAAUGCUCCAGCCCUCUAUACACCGACUUACUUCUUGCCUGGAGAAAAGCCUCCACCGUAUGCACCAUAG